CUAUCAGCACUCGAAUUACUCAAAAUGGCUUCUUCUCGAGAAUCUCAGGCUCUUUUAGCUGAGAUAAAGAAAUUCAUUCCUCCUCUUCUCGAGAAAUUCCAUAAAGGCCAAGCUGGCCGAAUUGCCGUCAUCGGCGGAUGCGAAGAUUACACCGGCGCACCCUUCUUCGCCGCUCAAUCAGCAACCCUCCUCGGCGUCGACAUGGCCCACGUCAUCUGCGAAUCCCUCGCCGGCCCCGUCAUCAAGUCCUACUCCCCAAAUCUCAUGGUCCAUCCCUACCUCCGUGACUCAAAAACCCUCUUCCCUCUGCACUCCUCCUCCUCCGCCAAACCAUCUCCCGCAGAAUGCUCGGCCACUAUCGACUCUGACAUCCUCCCCCCAAUCUACGCCCUCCUCUCCCGUCUACAUGUCCUCGUCAUCGGCCCCGGCCUCGGCCGCGACCCGGUCAUGCAAGAGAUUGCAAGAAAAGUCAUCUUGAAAGCAAAGUCCCUCGACCUUCACCUCGUCAUUGACGCCGACGGUCUAUUUCUCGUCCAACACAACCCUGACAUCAUCAAAGGCUACUCAAAAGCUCUUCUCACCCCCAACAUUGUCGAAUUCAAACGCCUCUGCAACGCAAUGUCCGUCUCCAUCGACUCCGAUGAGUCCCCCCAGUCCCUCCAACAAGCCUGCCACAGUCUCGCACUCGCCUACUCUGGCCCCACAAUCAUCGCAAAGGGCCACAGCGACUACAUCUCAAACGGCGAUAUCCAACUAGUCUGCUCCAUCCCCGGCGGCAAAAAGCGCGUCGGCGGCCAAGGUGACACCCUCUCCGGCACCGCUGCCACUUUUCUCGCUUGGAAGUAUGCUUAUCAGUCCCAUCUCUGGGAUCACGACAAUGACCUUACCGCUCCACGCCUCAUGGCCUUGAGUGCUUACGGCGCAGCGGCCGUCACAAGGUUCUGCUCCUGCGCCGCCUACGCAAAAUACAGACGUGCAAUGCUCGCCAGUAACCUCUCCGAAAUGAUCUCUGACGCCUACUCUACCCUUUUUGAGGAUCAGGACUCUUCUCCAUAGCCUUAAAAAAUACAUCAUAUCAUCUACAUCUCUACUCCUAACGCAGUUUAUAGUAUAGAGGUAUUUAGUAG